AUGAGAGGAUGUCUUGUGGAUGAUGUCAUUACUGUGUCAUACGAAUUCCUUCGCGUGAAUACAUCUGUCACACAAGGUAUUCUUCGCACUUGGGAGUGGAGUAUUUUUGACAUGCCGUGCCAAGUCGACUCUAUCGAUGGGCGCCAUACAAUACCGAUAUCAACGCCAAGUUUACACAACAUAAUUGGUGUCACUAUUGGCACAUUACUAGCUAGACGGUUCCAAGAACGCAUUCUAUCCACGUGCAUCUCACAUGAAACAGAGCAUGAUUUUCAGGCAACAGUCCACCUUUCAAGUUCUUUUUUUUUUCCCGAGCAAGGUUCCGAGUCGGGGUCGAAUCGUAUUGAAAAAUUCGUUCAUGACCGAUGGGGGCGUUCGAGCUACGUCGGCUUCGAUCCGAAAUCCCGAGUCACCUGUAGUCGAAUAAAUUAUUCCGGCGGUCAUGUCUCUGCGGGAAAGCAUUAUUGA